GGACUUUUUGGCGGAAACGCGAGGAGUGAAGUUGUGUGAUUUGUUUUAUUUUAUCUAUUUAGUGUUUUUGAAGAUUUAAUUGUGUAAUAACGGUGGUUUACUAACUGUUUAGUAUUUGAAAAAGUGCAAAAUGUGAAAAAAUGUAACAAAGCCACUGGACGUAACUUCUCGGGAUCCUCCAAAAAGUCUAGUGAAAAAAUCUCAGUAAAUGACCACCAUUUUACUGAGAUUAUAUUAUUUCAUCCCAUAUCAUCUCAUUUUAUUUUAUUUCAUCCCAGUUGAUUAAUGUCUCAAAUAAAUUAUCUUCAUUUCAUUUCAUUUCACUCCAUAUCAUCAUUCUUCAUAAAAAUAAGAAUAUGAAUUAAAAUAAGACAUGACUUAGAGUCUUAGCUACCAGGUCAUAAAAUCUCUUAAAAAAUAAAUGUCAUAGCCUUCAAUCAGUCAAUGUCAAUUUCAUUAAUGUAAAUUGUCAAAAUUCAAUAAAUAAACAACAAGUUUUGCAUUGCAACAUUAUCUUUUUAUGACGGCUGUGUUAAACUAAAUGAUAUUAUUUUUUUAAAUAUGAUAGACUUAAGAUCUAAAAUCAACUUUUUCUUCGUUUUUAACCCUACCUUUGGACCUAAGGAGGGCGAUGAAUUAAAGAGAAUACUAUACUUUUAUCCAAAUGAAGUCAGUCCAGAUGCCCGGAAAAUGCAAGUUGGGCUGUGUGAAGCCGUUGUCAAAUUUAUGUCGACGUUUUCAUCUGAACCAUGUGAAGCUUUGCAAACACAAUCUAAGAGAUACAUAUUUUUUCAACCAGAAAAAAACUUUUGGAUGGUUUUAGUAGUCCGAAUACCGUAUACAACCAAAGCAUUGUCAGCAGUUGGUGAAAGUCAGGGAGAUAUAGUCAAUCCUACUGUAAUGCAAAAUCUCCUAACAUCUGCAUAUAAGAUGUUUAAAAUGUUCAGGGGCCCAUUCAAAAAUAUUCCAGCUGAUGAUUUAUAUGGUAUAAGUGAGCAGUUCUUUACGCCUUAUAUAUCAUCCAGACAUCUAACAAAUGACAUAUCAGAUGUUAUUCCUGGCAUAAAUUAUUUACCUCUAGAUAAAAACUCUUUUUUUAAAGUGGUAUGCUUCGUAGAUCACCUGGAAGUUACUUAUCCUGAUUUUAAAUGUAUAUUGUUUCUUUACAAUGAUCAGCUUCUAUGGAACGGUCUGUGUACAGAAGACAUGCUAACAUUAUACCAAUAUCUAGUACAGACAUUGCUCCCUAAACAAGUUGAAAUAGAAAUCCAAGGUGGUGUAGUGACAGCAGCGCAGAGACUUGGCCGAUUCAUAAGUCCGCCAGAUGGAAUACAUGUUAAAGAAGACUUAGAUAAAUUGAUAAAGAUACACGUAACACUCGAAGAUGAUACAGAAUUUAAGGAAUACUACCUCCUCAUAUACAGAACAUUGAGUGCGACUGUCUGUUUCACUAUUGAUGUAAACACUCGGCUGGAACUUGAUACGGUCAAGUCAGUGGACGCAUUUAUUGGGCCGCAGCUAUCAGCAAUAGCUUCGGCCAUCAGCGAACAAUGUUCAUUGCACGCAUUACAAGCAGCGCAACUGGCUAGCGAACACAAGUUCGUGUACUUCAACAGAUUAAAUUUAAUUUUGAAAUCAUCUCCACCAGUAAAUAAAUUGCAAAUAUCCGCUGCGAUAAAACCUGAAGUUCUUAGUAUCAUGUCUGGAAUUCAUGCUGACCGACAAAGCCUUGGAAAUUAUGGAGAAAUAAUAAUUAAAACUCCAGACGAAUACUGGAUAACAGGAAAAUGUUCCAAUGACAGAGAAUUCUAUGUGAUAAUACAAGAGAAAAAUGCCAACCUUAAAGAAAUAGCGGAUGAAGUGAAGCGUGUCUGUGAAGCACAAAUGAAAGGGAUAUUCUUUUACCCUAUGUAAAAAAUUAUUAACAGAUGUACAUACAAAAUUUUGCUAAAAAUAAAACAACACAAUAUUCCA